GAUGGCACGAGUAGCAGCAAUCUACAUGUAAUUCGUAGGAGACUUUUACCGUUACAACCCACUCUAGAUUACUUCUCUGAAUUUCCCUGGGAGUUCUGCAAACAAUCUCUCAAGGCAAAAGGUUAAUGAGGAUAAGGUUGACACUCUACAAUGACAUCUCGCCAAUAUCGCCACAGAGACUACAUUAAAUAAGACACGUAGCCAAGACAUGUAUAAACGACUUUUUUAUCAUCAGAAGGCUCCUACGCCAAGGGUCAUUAUAAGAACAUUGAAAACAAGACGUAGGUAAAUAAAAUGCCUCUCAACUUCCCGUCUAUCUAUCUAUUGCCUACUCAUAUCAAGCCCGACGAGUUGCUCGAACUAGAGAGCAAGAUAUCUAAUAAGGAAAGGGCAAAGUUCGAACUAAGGCGCAGAAGCAUUCUAACUGAAGAUAUCAAUUUAUCCUCGAUUCCUCUCUUUAUUCCGGAGACGCAGACGGAUAACCCAUAUCCGCCACCAAAGCGGAGAAAACUCUCCAGCUCAGUCUCUCCUAAAACCACGCGUGAUUAUAGACAGACGAUUGGAUCCGAAGGAGAGAGCCUUGAUGAUGGCGCAAGUACUUUUAGCAGGGUUAGUUGGGAAGACCAGGGGUCAGGAAAUACCACAGACGAAGAUGACAACUCUAUCGUCAGAGUUGUGAAACUGUCUUGGUUCAUGGACUGCUUGGCUCAGGACCAUAUCCUUCCAAUAGAUAAGUAUUUGAUAUAUCAAGGUCGCAGAUUACAAAAGAUAUCCAACAAACCUCCGCCGAACCCUGAUGAUAUCCUUAGACGCGCUCGGCAAGAAGGUGGGGACGACAACUCUGCAGCAAGAGGAGGCUUUUCGCAUACAUAUGCGUCUGCCUCGCAGCAUUUUAGAACAUCUGCUCAUGCAAAGAGCCCUGAGUUGGUCCACGAGUCGACGUCGGAACAUGAGCGUCGCUCACACAUGCCGCCGAUUCCGGAUUACUUACACACAACGUACUCUUGCCAGCGUCCCACACCUGCAAGCCCCCCUAACGACUCUUUUAUCGACGAGCUAGAAAAGAUCCGGACGCUUAGAACCCUCGAAGGUGACAAGAUAGGCAUCAGAGCCUACUCUACAAGUAUUGCCUCCUUGUCAGCUUACCCCUAUCUCAUUUCGCACCCAGCUGUGGCUAGACUACCUGGCUGUGGCAAUAAAAUUGCUACGCUCUAUCAACAAUGGAAAGCGAAUGGCUAUCUAGAAGAGGUCGAAGAGGCAAAGAAGGACCCGAAAAUGUCUGCACUAAAAUUAUUCUACAACAUAUGGGGCGUCGCAGAUACUACUGCUCGCGAGUUCUAUAAGAAAGGAUGGCGAGAUCUCGACGAUAUAGUUGAAUACGGGUGGGAUAGUCUAAGUCGAGUUCAACAGAUCGGUAUCAAGUACUACGACGAACUACAGGAGAAAUUACCUCGUCGUGAAGUUGAGGAAAUCGGACAGGUUAUACUGAACCACGCUAAUAAGAUUCGCAAGGGUUUCGAGAUGGUUAUCGUCGGAGGCUACAGAAGGGGUAAAAGGGAAAGCGGCGAUGUUGAUGUUAUCCUCAGCCACCCCGACGCGGUCGCCACCUUUAACUUUGUCGCGGCUAUUGUCAAUAGUCUUGAGAAGGAGAAGCAUAUAACCCACACGCUCAUUAUGAGUACCAAGAAUAGCGAGCGUGGGCAGACUCCAGUGUCAUGGAAGGGACAGGACCGUCCGGCAGGCGCCGGAUUCGACACUCUGGAUAAAGCCCUAGUGGUGUGGCAGGAUCCGUACUGGGACAAGACCGCAUCAUCCAAGAACCCGAACCCCCACCGGAGAGUUGACAUAAUUGUCAGUCCAUGGAAGACGGCCGGCUGUGCCGUAAUUGGUUGGACGGGAGGUACGACAUUCCAGCGGGAUCUGCGGAGAUAUUGCAAGCAUGUGAAGACUCUCAAGUUUGAUAGUAGCGGCGUGCGGAGUCGGACGGACGGAAGUUGGGUAGAUCUCGAGAGUGACUCUAACGGUCCAGCCCCGGAUAUGCUUACGGCGGAGAAGCGGGUUUUUGAGAGGCUUGGGCUGGAAUGGCGUCCGCCGGAGGAAAGGUGUACGCGAUAAUUACACUAACAGUCUUCAUUUUCUUCACGGCCCAUCUACGAGAUUGAAUAGGUAGGUUAUUAAUACAAUACGGGACCCUGAAAAUUAUGCUGCGCCUUGGGUUAUUGCUAUGAACCGAGUUCGUUAAGCCAAAGGGAUGGGGGUUUAAGCCUUAUUGCUCACGAGGGCGAUAAAUAUUUGCAAUAGCUACUCCAUUAUCUAAAAGGACUUCCCCUAUUUGGAGCUUGGUAGGAUUGCAUAAGAACGUAACGGAAUUAUAACAACACCAGAAAAAAGAAAAAAAGAAAAAAGAGAAGGGGGAAAAGUGUAAAAAAGCAGGCCCCAGGUUCGAGCUGCGCACACUUGACCAGAACAAGCAGACCAAUCUUGCCGCCCUGCCGCUGGCUCGAACCUGUGAAUACCUUCGAAAAACCCCGCGAAGGGAUUUUAUCUACGCCGUCGUACCUUCAAACAACUAGACCACGGCCUCUUUGGCUAAUGCAUCUUCAGGU